AUGGCGCCUAUUCCGCCUGCGCUCGUCCGUCUGCUGACGGGUCUCGCAGCCGAGCAAAUCACACGUCGGGUGAGUCUGUGCAUGCUCUGAGCGCCUCGUAGCUGUCCGAGCAGCGAUUCUGACCCUCUCCUCCACCUCCUCGUGAUGACAGCUGGCCGCUUCACCAGUAUUCCAGUCCUUUGUUCACAGAGUGCUUCAUGAAGCGGAUCAUUUGCCCCAUAGACUGCAGGGUAGAGAAGUUCCACCUUGGAGAGACCCGCAUGUGGGCAGACAUAAUGGGCCGGGGAUGAUGGGUAAAUUUGGUGAGUGGGUGCUGCGUGUCAGUGCGCGUAGAAGUCACGAGUGAAAGAAAGGUAUAGAAUACAAAAACUUUGGGGUACCAGAAUCCGAGAAGCUAAGGACGUUCGUGCGACUCCACCUCUGGCGAACUCGCAUUUCAUGUGCGCCCCAAGGAACUUCGAUGAUGGUUUCCCAUACUCUCGGAACGCUAGCCUUGUGGACGCUGCAAGGCUGUUCUCACAUGUGCUUUGUUGCUGCCCUCUUUCUCACGCAUGCGCGUCACACGCAGAGGAUCCAGGCGAGCCACACGACGAGCCAUCACCGUUUUCGUCUUCAGCGAAACCGAGCGAUGCCCGAGCCCAUGCAUCAUCAUUCUCAGCGGAGUCAUCCAAAGGCGCCAGGAACAACACCGCACAUCGCGUUCCCAGGGACAAGGUCUGGGCAGACAGACUAGAGAAGCAAGCGAUGGAGGAGGACAAGAGAUUAGAGGAGGCGCAGACGAAGGAGAGAGAGUUUCAGGAGCUGAUGGAUAGGCUGAGGAACGGACCUGGAAAGAGAUGA